AUGGAGAACACACGCAUACGCCGACCAAAAUCCCCCGCCCUUCCUCCACCGCCGUCUCCCGGCAGCAAAAGCCGCUCCUCCGCUGCCAUAACCCUACCUGAGAACAACUCAUGUGCCGCAAACACAAGCCAACGCUCAACCAUUCACCGAUCAAUAUCAGUGACAAAGUCAAGAACUAAGAACAAGGAUGAAGAGAAUUUAAACCCCUUGAAUUGUAAAACCAAGGCAGGUUUUACCAAGUUCUUGAAGUCCUCCCCUGCGACUUCCCCGUCUGCAUGGGCACUGUCACCUGGCCGGUCCUUGGGCUCUUCCUUUGUUUUGUCUCCGCUGACGACGGUUGAGCGCGCGGUGACAGAUGGACGGAGAGGAAAACUAGGCAGUCAACGAAGUAGUGCAGUGAGCGGAGUUUUGAGGUUUUUUAAACCAAAGAAAGCGGCAGCGAUGAUGGAAGCAGAGGAGCUUCAUCGGUUUAGGAUUUUGCAGAAUAGGUUGUUGCAAUGGAAGUAUGUUAACGUUAGAGGUGAGACUUCCAUGGCUAACGUUAAAACCUUUGUUCAGGUAUUUACUUCUUCAUUUGUUUUGCUUUUAUUUUGA